UUCUCUAAAACGUUAUUGUUCCCUUCUGCCUUCCCCCUUCCUCCAUUAAGGGCGCCGCCGGUCUUUGGGUGGUCCUUGAUUUUGUCUUCACCCCGGGGCAAUGUAUUUUGAGGUGAUGUAAUGAGUAAUGACUGUCCACCGGCCCCCGGACACCAGCGCCACGCACCGGUUAUGGACGAGAUUAGCAGCCCGGGGUAGCGCUCAGGGGCACUGACUCUGGCAGCACUUCCGGGCUGCGAGUUGAGACUUUCUUUGGCGCCGGCAGGGACGGCGGCCGAGAGGGCGGCGGUCUGGGAUCGCGUUCUCUCUCCCGGCGGCGCCAUGCGCUACAACGAGAAGCAGCUGCAGGCGCUAUCCCGGCAGCCGGCCGAGAUGGCGGCCGAGCUGGGCAUGCGGGGCCCCAAGAAGGGCAGCGUGGUGAAGCGGAGGCUGGUGAAGCUGGUGGUCAAUUUCCUUUUCUAUUUCCGGACGGACGAGGCCGAGCCCAUCGGAGCCCUGGUACUGGAGCACUGCCGAGUCAACCGGGAAGAGCCCAGCGGCUUCUCCAUCACCUUCGUGGAGGACACGGAGAGGAAGUACCAUUUUCAGUGCUGCAGUGAGAACCAGUGUCAGGAGUGGAUUGAGGCGCUGCGCCGGGCCAGCUACGAGUUCAUGCGGAGGAGCCUUGUCUUCUACAGAAACGAGAUCCAGAAGAUGACAGGCAAGGAUCCCCUGGAGCAGUUUGGCAUCUCUGAGGAGACCCGGUUCCAGCUGAGCAGCUUGAAGGCAUGAGCCCCUGGACUGGCGAGGCCCUUGCUCAGGGCUGGAUGAGCCCUUUCUCCUGGGUCUCCCCUGUGUAGGCUGGGUUUGUGGGGGAGGUGUUUUGUCUUCCCUAAGGCCAGGUGGGGUGCAGGGUGGCCCUUGUGGAGGAACGCACACGGACUGGCCACCCUUUGGGGCCGCUGGUGCUGUAGGCUGCCGGGGGGCAAGCGUCCACUUCUUGGCACCGGGCCGCCCCGCCCCCAGCUACCCCCUGGAGGGGCAGGGGGUUUCCCGCUGGCUGAAUGUACAGUCAGACUGUGAAGCUGUGAAGGGCGUGGAGACACCACCGCCUGCCCCAAUGUGAACUCACUCCUGCUGACGGGGGGCGGUGCCAUGGCCACACCUCUGGGCGGAGCUGGACAGGGCCACCCUCGCCCAUGUGCUCCUGUUGAAAUAAACGUACCUCUUUUUCUA